CAGCUCAUUUUGGAGGACCUUAAGGGUUCCCAGACCGGACAGGAUGCAUAGUCCCUCCACCAGGUUCUGGAUCUUCCCUGGAGUCUUUUCCAGGGUUAUGCUUGGAAAACCUCCAAAGCGAGGGGCUCAGAGGGCAUCCUGAUCAAAUGCUCGGACCACCUCAGCUGAUAAGCAGUGGUUAGAUAGCUCCUCAGCCUAUCUAACCACCCUCCUGAGGGAGCUCAUUUGGGGCGCUUUUAUGUGGAAUCUCUUGGUCUUUUGGUCAUCAUCCACAUGUCAUGACCAUAGGUGAAAACGAAGACGGACCAGUAAAUGGAGAGCUUUGCUUAUUGGCUCAGCUCUUUCUUCACCACAAAAUGGUAAAUGGCUUGAACUUUAAGUUCAGAGAACCCCAAAGCGCUUUACACUACGGUCAGUCAUUCACUCAUUCACGCACACCCCCGCACGCUGAUGGUGGUAAGCUACUCAAUGGUAGCCACAGGUGCCCUACGGCAGCCUGACCGAUAAUAGACCGAAGCAGCGCCCCCUUAACUCAGACGAAGCCCCAGUCGGUUUGUCCAUCUCUGGUUCCAUUCCAAAGUUUAGAGAGAGAUCAGGAUGUGUUUGUCUGAUUGGGAUGUCGUCUCUCAGGAUAUGAGGCCACUGAGUUUUCCAUCUGGAUUACCUGCGCCAGCUGCAAGGUUCAGGAACAUGCAGAGGGCUUUACAGGCGGGGUUCUUCAGGUUGAGUGUUUGCUGUGUUAGGGUACAUUUAAGGAUGAGGGCGCUGCCCCAGCAUGUGAGGGUAAGGGGGAAAUGCCUCGCUGCAUUGGCUGGUAAGGUGUGAGCUGUCAUAGGGGGUGUCAUGUGCGCCUUCUCACUCACGUUGCAGGGGCAGCCCUGUGGUGAGGGGUGCCCUUCCAGCUACCACCCCCCACCACCGCCGGUGUCCAAACAAGAACAGGCCAUCCAGACACACAUAAACACACACACACACACCCCUAAUGGUUGGCUGGUAGGGAGGGUGCUGCAGGAGCAACAAGUUCUGUUGGGGUGUGUGUGUGUGUGUGUGUUAUUAGGUGUCUGCAGUUCUAAUAAAGGAAAGAGCUGUGUCCCUCUCUGCCUCAUCAGAUGGCUUUGCUCUGCUUUGUCUGUCCGUCUCAUUUCUGUCUGUCAGUCCUGAAGUGGAGCCGGGCCGCUCACAGCCUCUGGACCAUCAGGAGAGGAGCGCCUCCACCAGUCGUCUCAUCCGCUUAGUGUUUCGCUCUCCUCAGCCAGGAGACUGAGAAGCAGAAGAUGUUUGUGUGCUUAUUUGACCUGGUGUGAAGAGUGUACGUAUAAGACUGCGCGGUGCAUGGUGUUUGACAACGCCGUUGGAAAUGCUGGGGUGUCCAGCGAGGUUAUUUUUGGAUCAGUGACAGCGCGUCAAUGGCUGCAGAUGCGUCGCAAAGGAAGGCUCUGAGAUACCAGCAGACCCUGCUGUACGGGGAGUACAGGGAGCAGCUUGGAAACUUCGCCCGACGGGAGGCCGCCCGCCUGCUGACAGAGAGACAAUGGAGAAGACAAGCCGGGGAAAACACCUCGGCCACGGGCCGCAGAGGCCUCGGCCGGCGGCAUCACCUCCAUCAGAACCCUGCCAUUUUGGAAUCACAUCAAAGCCACAACUCCUCCACCAAGAAGCCUCAGCCGUACUCCAAAUGCCAGGACUGUUUGGCUCGAGUGAGGCGGUAUAUUGUGACGAAGAUGGGGGAGGACUGGAUAUUUUUGAUCCUUCUGGGUCUGACUAUGGCUCUGGUCAGCUGGAGCAUGGACUACGCCAGUGCCAAGAGUCUACAAGCCUACAAAUGGAUACAUGGAGAACUUAAGGGCAAUGUGCCGCUGCAGUACCUUGCCUGGGUUACAUAUCCCAUAAUCCUCAUCGUUUUUGCCUCGCUCUUCUGUCAUCUGGUUUCCCCUCAGGCCAUCGGUUCUGGCAUCCCAGAGCUCAAAACCAUCCUGAGAGGCGUAGUCCUGAAAGAGUACCUGACCCUCAAAGCCUUCAUAGCUAAAGUCAUCGGCCUGACUGCUGCUCUCGGCAGCGGGAUGCCAGUGGGCAAAGAGGGUCCGUUUGUCCACAUAGCCAGUAUCUGUGCCGCGGUGCUGAGCCGAUUCAUGUCCAUCUUCUCUGGAGUGUAUGAGAGUGGCAUCCAUAACAAGGACCUGCUGGUGUGUGCGUGUGCGGUGGGAGUGGCCACCUGUUUUGCUGCUCCUAUAGGAGGAGUGCUGUUCAGUAUUGAGGUCACGUCUACCUACUUUGCUGUGAGGAAUUACUGGCGGGGAUACUUUGCUGCCACAUUCAGUGCCUUCAUAUUCAGGGUGCUUUCUGUUUGGAACAAGGAUGCUGUCACAAUCACAGCUCUUUUCAAAACCAACUUCAGGAUGGAUUUCCCCUUUGACUUGCAGGAGUUACCAGCAUUUGCAAUCAUAGGGAUCUCCUGCGGCUUUUUGGGAGCGUUCUUUGUUUACUUAAACAGACAGGUGGUUCUCUUCAUGAGAAGACCAACCGCUCUCACACGCUUUCUAACCAAACAUCGUUUGAUCUACCCAGGGGCGGUGACGCUCAUCAUUGCCACCUUCACAUUUCCUCCUGGGUUUGGGCAGUUCAUGGCUGGAGAGCUGAUGCCCAGAGAGUGCAUCAACUCUCUUUUUGAUAAUUUCACCUGGACCAAAAUCUCUGACCCGGCUGCUGCCCCUGGCCUCGGUCGCUCCGCCGCCUGGCUGCAUCCUCAUGUCAGCGUCUUCCUCAUCCUUCUCCUCUUCUUUGUCAUGAAGUUCUGGAUGUCAGCAGUUUCCACCACGAUGCCUAUCCCCUCUGGCGCCUUCAUGCCAGUCUUCAUUUUAGGAGCUGCUUUCGGCCGCCUCGUCGGGGAGAUCAUGGCCACUCUUUUCCCGAACGGGAUACUGUUCGAUGGGAUAGUUUACCGCAUCCUGCCAGGAGGCUACGCUGUGAUUGGAGCUGCAGCCAUGACGGGCGCCGUCACUCACACGGUUUCCACGGCGGUAAUCUGCUUCGAGCUGACUGGUCAAAUCUCCCAUAUCUUACCUAUGAUGGUGGCAGUCAUCCUGGCCAACAUGGUGGCCCAGGGUCUGCAGCCGUCUCUGUACGACUCCAUCAUCCAGGUCAAGAAACUGCCCUACCUGCCUGAGCUGGCUCUCGGGCACAUCAGCAAGUAUAACAUCUUCGUGGAGGAUAUCAUGGUGCGCAAAGUGAAAUUCUUGUCCUCCCAAUCCACUUUUCGGGAAUUAAACCACCUGUUGGAAAGCACAACGUUGAAAACGAUCCCGCUGGUUGACUCUAAAGAAUCCAUGAUCCUCCUUGGCUCGAUUGAGAGGACGGAGCUUCAGGCUGUCUUAGACUGGUGGCUCUCUCCAGAAAGACGAGUCUUUGAAAGAGGUCCCAGUUCACCGGGGCAAGGCUCCAAACUCAGCUGGGAGUCCUUCAGUUUUGUAGAUGAGGAGGGAGAAGAAAGCAGUGACAAGGCUGUCUCUCCUGUGCAAGAAGGAUGCAACGGACCCAUCCCGGCCCCAAAUCCCCAGGAGCCAGCCACCAACCACACAGGAUCAGACAAACGCAAGCUGUCGUCUGUCAGGAGGACUCUUCAGAGACUCUUCUCCUCGUCGUCCUCGUCAGGCCAGACUGAAACUCAGGAAGACGUGCCUCCUCCACUUACUGACACCAUGUCCCCCGAGGAGAUCAAAGCUUGGGAAGAAGAAGAACUGGACAAACCAGUCGAUAUGGAGGAGAUACGUAUAGAUCCCUCCCCGUUUCAGCUGGUAGAAAGGACGUCGUUGCACAAGACACACACUUUGUUCUCCCUGCUGGGUCUCAGUCAUGCCUACGUCACCAGCAUCGGGAAGCUGGUGGGAGUCGUGGCACUCAAAGAGCUGCAGAAGGCCAUAGAGGGCUCGACUCGCAGUGGCGUGCGGCUUCGUCCCCCUCUGGCAAGCUUCAGAGACGCCAGCAGGAAAACCAAGAAGCACCAGCCUCCUUCGUCCUCAGCCGCUUCCUCACCCACGCGGGACAGAGACCUGUGGGGAGAGGGGAGCCGAAGAGAGAGCGAGUUGCUGAGGAGGGAGUCCAGGGAUAAUUCCUGGGGAAAGUCUCCGUCUCUUAGAGGAACUCCUGGGUCUGAAACAGUCCCCUCGCCUCCCAGCAGUGUGGGGAGCAGCAGCAGGAGCUCCACCAAGGCAAGAGGAGCAGAAGGAGUGUCUCAGGAGGCUGCAUCCCCUUCAACCUCCUCCUCCUCAUCCUCCCCUUCGCCUCCCAUGUCCCCCGUGUCACAUACUAGCCCGGUCCUCACACUGUCCUCCCUGCAGGAGGAGAGGGAGAGCGAGGAGUCUGAUGAACAAUUGUAAGAGAACCAGGGAGGAAACAUGGAGAAGGAACUUUACUUUUUUUGUGAUUUCACUCCUUCUCUUCAGAGACAGAACAGUCUGAACGGAGGAGUCAAGCUUCCUGCAGCCCUUAAUGACUCUCAGCCACCGGGAUGAACUGGUCUACACAAACCCAUCUUGAAACAUUUAGUCCUGGAUAGUUUUUAUUUUGUUCUAUUUUCACAGAAAUCUCACUUUUUCACUUCUGAAUCUCAGGUGUCUUCCUGUUUGACCUGCAAACAGCCACAAAUCAUGGAUGUUUCACCUCCGUCCAAAUCCAAGGUGGAUGGAGAUGAAUCUGUUCGGUUCAUUAUGUACAUGUGAGCUACUGACAGCUAUGAACUGUGCAAUAAUGAAUGAAUGAAAAACUGAAUUAAUUUGGUCAAACGGUCAAAGAGAUUGUGCAUUUAAAGUUAAUUAAUAAAAAAAAAAAACCACAUUUAAAAAGCUAAAGUAAAUUAAUCUUAUACAUUAAAUAUUCAAAUCAUUGUUACAAGUUUCUAAUUUGUAUAAAAUAAUAAAUUGUUAUAUUGUCUAUUAA